GAAACACACACAAGAUGGCGGUGACACUUACACAAACACUAAUGAUUUAAGACCGAGAAACCCGACAAAACACAUUUACAAAGAUUCGGUGGACGGUUAAUGUUUGUGUGUUUUGAGUGAGUCUGUAAACUAAAGUCAGGCUUGUCUGAGGUAAACGGCGCUGGUUUGGGUGCAAUUUGAGGUAAACUGUAAGAGUUUGGGUUAUUUUCUGUGGUAAUGAUGACUCACAAGAGAGUUUAAAUCCCGUUGGAUUAGAUUUAGUCUUAAUGUAUGUGGUGAAAAUGAGAUACUGAAGGCCGGUGCUGUUGAAUCAGUUUUGUGAACAUCAGGUCCAGGGUUUGGAGUUAACUAGUACGUUUUGGGUGGGUUAGUUGAUGUAAAGAUGUGUGAUUCCCGGCUGUGUGUAUGAGGACAGAGAGUGAUAGUGUGGUAAACAGCUGAUUUCUCAGGUAAAUAUGAUUGAUAAUAGAGAGUAAAGGCUGCUAGUGUUGAUUAAAUCAGUUUAGGUCAGUGUUUGUGUUGGUUUAGUGUGGUAAAGAUGAGUGAUACUCGUCGGAGAGUGAAGGUUUAUACUCUGAAUGAGGACAGACAGUGGGAGGACAGAGGGACUGGACAUGUGUCCUGCUCUUUUGUGGACACACUGAAGGAGACAGAACUCACGGUCACCGCAGAAUCUGACGGGUCACUAUUACUGGAGUCCAAAAUCAACCCCGACACCGCAUAUCAGAAACAACAGGACACGCUCAUAGUCUGGUCUGAAGCAGAGAACUAUGAUCUGGCUCUGAGUUUCCAGGAGAAAGCCGGCUGUGAUGAAAUCUGGGAGAAGAUCUGUCAGGUGCAAGGUAAAGAUCCGUCCGUGGAGAUCACUCAAGACCCCAUCGAUGAAUCUGAGGAGGAACGUUUCGAGGAGAUGCCGGAGAGCAGUCACCUGGUGGAGCUUCCACCCUGUGAGCUAAGCCGACUGGAGGAGAUCGCCGAGCUCGUGACAUCCGUUCUGUCGUCGCCCAUCCGCCGGGAGAAGCUGGCUCUGGCGCUCACCAGCUCGGGUUACAUCAAGAAGUUGCUGCAGCUCUUCAGGACGUGUGAGGACUCGGAGCAUGGUGAAGCUCUUCAUCACCUGUACGAGAUUGUGCGUGGCGUGCUCUUCUUGAACAAAGCCACCCUGUUUGAGGUGAUGUUCUCAGAUGACUGCAUCAUGGACGUGGUGGGCUGUCUGGAGUAUGACCCGGCGCUGGUCCAGCCCAAGAGACACAGAGAGUUCCUCACCAAGACGGCCAAGUUCAAAGAGGUGAUCCCCAUCACAGACUCUGAGCUCCUGCAGAAGAUCCAUCAGACGUAUCGAGUGCAGUACAUACAGGAUAUCAUCCUGCCUACGCCAUCUGUGUUUGAAGAGAACUUCCUGUCCACAUUAUCCUCCUUCAUCUUCUUCAAUAAGGUGGAGAUCGUCAGCAUGCUGCAGGAGGAUGAGAAGUUCCUGACUGAGGUGUUUGCUCAGCUGACAGAUGAAUCCACAGAGGAGGACAAGAGGAGAGAGCUGGUGAACUUUUUUAAAGAGUUCUGUGUGUUCUCACAAACAUUGCAACCGCAAAACAGGGACGCUUUCUUUAAAACACUGGCAAAUCUUGGAAUUUUACCAGCCUUGGAAAUUGUGAUGGGUAUGGAUGACAUGCAGGUGAAAGAAGCAGCUACAGAUAUCUUCUCUUAUCUAGUGGAGUUCAGUCCGUCGAUGGUCAGAGAGUUUGUGAUGCAGGAGCCGCAGCAGGCUGAUGAUGAUGUUCUGCUGAUUAAUGUGGUGAUAAAGCAGAUGAUCUGUGAUUCAGACCCGGAGCUGGGUGGUGCUGUGCAGCUCAUGGGUCUCCUGAGGACCCUCAUUGACCCAGAGAACAUGCUUGCUCCAGCCAAUAAAACUGAGAAGAGUGAGUUUCUGAGUUUCUUUUAUAAGUACUGUAUGCACGUGCUGACGGCACCACUGCUUGCCAACACUGCUGAUGAAAACACUGAUUUGAGCGAGGCUAAAGUGAACCAUGUUUGUCCAGAUAACUUCCAGACAGCACAACUCCUGGCUCUGAUCCUGGAGCUGCUGACGUUCUGUGUGGAGCACCACACGUACCACAUCAAGAACUACAUCAUGACUAAAGACCUGCUGAGGAGAGUCCUCACACUCAUGAACUCCAAACACACAUUCCUGGCGCUGUGUGCCCUGCGCUUCAUGAGGAGAAUCAUCGGUCUGAAGGAUGAGUAUUAUAACCGCUACAUCAUGAAAGGAAACCUGUUUGAGCCGGUCAUCAAUGCCCUGCUGGACAACGGCACCAGAUACAACCUGCUGAACUCUGCCAUCAUUGAGCUCUUUGAGUUCAUUAAAGUGGAGGACAUCAAGUCUCUUAUCGCUCACAUUGUCGACAACUUCUACAAAGCGCUGGAGUCCAUCGAGUACGUUCAGACGUUCAAGGGUUUGAAGGGCAGAUACGAGCAGGAGAAAGAUAGACAGAGCAGAGGACUCAACAGGUAUCGCAGAGAUGCGCGCUCAUUUGAGGACGAUGAAGACAUGUGGCUGAAUGAAGAUGAGGAAGAGGAGGAAACUGACACAGGCCUUGACAAGAGCAAGACUGAUUACGGGAAGUACAUGGAGAAUGAGAAAGUGAAAGAAAGUCUAGACAAAGAGAGUCAUGCCAGGCGGACGCCCACAGGCAGCUUUAAGUUCACCUUCUCUCAGUCUGCAGGAGCUGCCAAUGGCUCCAAACCUCCAUCAGCUUCCUCCAGCAGCUCCAAAUCAGCUGCAGCGCCCUCUGGCCAGGCCGGCAGGACUGGACCCAUCGGCAUUGUGGAUUACCCUGAUGAUGAGGAUGAAGAGGAGAAUGAAGAAGAGGAGCAGUCACCACGGAAACGGCCUCGUCGAGGCACUUAAAGGCAUGCUGGGCUUCUGUUUCCUGCUGUCUAAUGGUACCAGCUCUACCUCCACCUCACCUGAACCACACAAGCUCACAUUCCUCUCCAGUGAACCAAUCACCGCAGCCGUCACGCAGCAGGGGCUGAUGGGAGAGUGGCACGGGCUAGCAGGACUAGCCGCAGUAUUGAUGUGUGUUCAGAGACCGAGCGGCUGCUGGAAAACUGUCAUAGUGGCAUCAGCAGAACGGAGUGCUGUACAGUGUUUAUUUCCUUUUUAAAUGGUUUGUUUUUUAAUAAUUGAAUGGGGGGAUCCUGCCCAUGUGACAUUUGUCACAUCAGUGAGGGCCUCUAUAAUCACAUGUCUGUCAUUCAGACAGUAAGUUGCAAUGUUGCUUUUUAAAACAUUAAAUUGCAAUAAAAUGAUUUUGUCAUGAUUUGUCAUGUUUCCUAUCAGUACUACUGAAUGCAUUGCAGUGAAACAUUCUGCUCACAUCAUGAGGAUAUUUAUAAAUCUCUGAGCACCAGUACUGAUCUAAAAUCAGCUUUUGACUUUCCUGUAUUGAUGAAAUGAGAUUAAUUCCAGAGCUGGAAGCUGAUUGGACUCAACCUGCAGAACUUUAAGAACAUUUUGAUUAAACAUCUUGUUUUUUU